CCCACUAAAACCCUUCUGCCAUCUAUAUAAACUCCCUAAACUUCUCCACUUUUCCUUCCCUCUUCUCCUUCUUCUCUUCCGUUCAAAUUACAAUUUAUAGCUCAAAAGUAACAGUUGCUCAAAAUUCUCCCACAAGUUUCUCUGUUUUCAGCACUAAAAUGAGAGAAAAUUUGACAAGGUGGUUUUACCAGGCUAUGGGAUUCCAGAAUGGGCUGGCUAGGACUCAAAGAAUUGAGUCCAUUUCAAAAGCAACUAAGCUUAAUAAGACUGAGCCCAAGGAAGAAUCUAAGCCUGCUGACCAAAUGGACAUUUCUUGGUUGAAAGAGCAUCCUUCAGCAUUAAGCUCUUUUGAGGAGAUGAUGGACGAAGCAAAGGGGAAAUGGGUUGUAGUGUUUUUAGAUUAUGAUGGGACUUUAUCGCCAAUUGUGAAUGAUCCUGAACGUGCCUUCAUGUCUGAUAUGAUGCGCUCAGCUGUAGGUGAUGUUGCAAAGCUCUAUCCAACAGCUAUAAUAAGUGGAAGAAGUCGACAGAAGGUUUAUGGUUUUGUAAAGUUGGAUGAUGUGUUUUACGCGGGGAGCCAUGGGAUGGACAUAAUGGGACCGGCAAUUCAAGCUAAUUGUUAUGAUGGAAAGUACCAAAGCAAGGCCCUUGAUCAAAAGGGGAAUGAACUCACUGUCUUUCAGCCUGCUCAGGACUUUCUGCCUUCAAUUGAAAAGAUGUUGAAUGAGUUGGAGGAAACAACUUCGGAGAUAAAUGGAGCUCUGGUUGAGGACAACAGGUUCUGCAUCUCUGUUCAUUACCGGCAUGUCUUACAAGAGGAUUUGGGGCUGCUGGAAAAGAAAGUUCAGGCACUAGUUGCCAAGUACCCUGAUUUUCAUCUUACAAGGGGUAAGAAAGUUAUAGAAAUACGUCCAUCCAUUAAGUGGAACAAAGGCGAUGCUCUGGUUUACUUGCUUGAGACUCUAGGAUUCACCAACUCAAGUGAUGUUCUCCCGAUUUACAUAGGGGAUGAUAAAACUGACGAAGAUGCUUUUAAGGUACUUAAGUGUAGAGGACAGGGGUAUCCUAUUAUAGUGUCUAGUAAUCCAAGGGACACAUUGGCAUCUUACUCUUUGCGUGAUCCAUCUGAAGUGUUGUCAUUUCUGAAACGGCUGGCCAGAUGGGGGGAGGUUUCCGCGGUGUAGAUUGCUUAUGAAGUGGAGCUGUGACGGAUAAGUUAAUUAUAUCUAUCCAAUAUACAGUUUAAAUAUAUAUAUAUAUACAAGGUAAAACUGAAAGGAGUGGGAGCUAAGGUAUACAAGGCGUUUUUUGUGGUCUGCCUGAUAUGCUCCCAUUAAGUUUACAAAGUACUAGUAAUAUUAUAUAGAAUGAAACUGCAGUUGGGUGAAGUUUUUUGCAUCAUUUCCCAAUUACUGCAGCUUAUCAAUGGAAACUUUUGAACUUUUUGGUUUUAUGUCAAGUUUUUGUUGCAAUGCAAUGGUUUUUCACUUCGA